AUGGAACUGUCCCAGCGCCUCAAUGAGAUCAGGGCAAACUAUGAAAAGCUCCUCAGCAGCAAUCAGAUAGAGACGGUGCUGGCUACGAGGAUGCAGCUGGAAGAAGACAUCAGCGAGAAGAUGGACCGAGAUGAAGAGGCUUUGAAGGCGGCGCGGGCAGAACUGAAGGAGGCGCGACGCCAGUGGCACCACCUCCAAGUGGAGAUCGAGUCGCUGCACGCUGUGGAAAGGGGCCUGGAGAGCUCCCUGCAGGCCAGCGAGCAGCAGCACCAGAUGCAGCGGCACGACCUGGAGGUGGUGAUCGCGGGGCUGGAGACGGAGCUGCAGGACGUGCGGCGCGGCAUCGAGAGGCAGCUGCGGGAGCACGAGCUGCUGCUCAACACGAAGAUGCGGCUGGAGCAGGAAAUCGCCACGUACCGCCGCCUGCUGGAGCGCGAGGAAAUCAGGUAUUACGGUUGUAUCCAGGGUGGGAAAAAGGAGCCCAAACCUACCACCAGUAGAGUUGGCUUUGUUUUACCUUCAGCGAUCAUAAAUGAAAUCUCUUUUUCAACAAAACUUUCACAAAAGUAUGAGGAUGAAAAAGUGGAGACGGUAACCAAGCAAGCGACAGUGAAUGGAAACGUCGUGAGGGAGAGCACCGAGGCCCACGGCACCGUCCAGACCGAGAAAGUGGACGACGUCAUCAAGGAAUGGGAAGGCUCCUUCUUCAAGGACAACCCGCGGCUGCGGAAGAAGUCUGUGUCCCUCCGCUUUGACCUGCACCUGGCCGCCACGGACGAGGGCUGCUCGCAGACCGGGCAGGACACGCUGCCCGACAUCGAGGUCAGGCUGGUCAUGCGGCGCUCGUGCAGCAUCCCGUCCAUCCAGCGCCCGGCGCUGGGGCCGCCCUGACCCGCCGCCACCGCCACCGCCACCGCGAGGAGGGACC